GACUACUUUACAGCCGCCAUGAAAUUCUACUUGUUCCUACUCUCGGUCCUACUUUUGACCAUCUUUGGUACCCAAGUCUGUAUUGCCGAAGAUCCUGCUCUUCUAGAAGGACAAGGAACCAUUGCCGACGAUAUAAAAAAGUUCGAAAGCCGUCCUUCCCUCAUUGAUCGUCUGGCCCUUGAAAGAGAGCAGCGCCAACAGAAAGCACAAGAACAACCCCAAAAAAGACGUCGAUUCGCAAAGAGAGUCCCCGCGGUUCAAGGUCUCAAAAGACAAUAAUCAUACAGUAAUUCUAGUGGUCGCAUUGGUUGGUGGGAUCAGUUCUUUGGUAGAGGUAAUGAUAGUGGUGGUCGUACUCUUGUGCACUUCCACUCUCAGUACAUUUUCAACCCCAUGCUCCUAUCCCUAUCCUAUCGUGCUUUUUUUUUGCCCUGCCAUGCCAUGUCAUAAAUAUCAAGACCAAUCUUUUCUGUCUUUCCUUAUUUGGGAAAAGAAAUUGAGUAUUCAAAAAAAAAAGAUGAAUAAUGAAUUUGUAAGCUCUCAUGAGUUUGUUUGUUAAUAAAGAUCGUUGUACAUAAAAAAAAUAAUGUACAUUUCUUAU